AUACGUCACACUAGUUGACGUGGAGGAAAGGAGCGUGAAUGACUGUGAUCAUCUCGUUUACUGCUCUCAAACAUUCCGCAAAAUGAUCAAGAAAUUUGACAAAAAGGACGAGGAGUCUGGAAGUGGCUCAAACCCCUUUCAGCAUCUGGAGAAGAGUGCUGUACUACAGGAGGCUCGGAUUUUCAACGAGACACCCAUCAAUCCGAGAAGAUGUCUGCAUAUCCUCACGAAGAUCAUCUACCUGCUCAACCAGGGUGAGCACUUUGGAACCACAGAGGCCACUGAAGCUUUCUUUGCCAUGACAAGACUGUUCCAGUCUAAUGAUCAAACCCUGAGAAGAAUGUGCUACCUGACUAUAAAGGAGAUGGCCAACAUCUCAGAGGAUGUGAUCAUUGUUACAAGCAGCUUGACAAAAGACAUGACUGGUAAAGAUGAUGUUUACAGAGGACCGGCAAUCAGAGCUCUCUGCAGGAUCACUGAUACCACCAUGCUGCAGGCGAUUGAACGAUACAUGAAACAGGCCAUCGUGGACAAAGUGCCCAGCGUCUCCAGCUCUGCUCUGGUCUCCUCACUGCACAUGGUGAAGAUGAGCUUUGAUGUGGUAAAACGCUGGGUCAAUGAAGCUCAGGAGGCGGCUUCAAGUGACAACAUCAUGGUGCAGUACCAUGCUCUGGGUCUUCUGUACCACCUGAGGAAGAAUGACCGUCUGGCUGUGACUAAGAUGCUUAACAAAUUCACCAAAUCUGGCCUCAAAUCCCCAUUUGCUUACUGCAUGAUGAUUCGCAUUGCCAGUAAGCUGCUGGAGGAGACAGAAGGAGGGCACGAUAGCCCGCUGUUUGACUUCAUUGAGAGCUGCUUGAGGAAUAAACAUGAGAUGGUAGUUUAUGAAGCAGCCUCCGCCAUUGUCCACAUGCCCAAUUGUACCGCUCGUGAGCUGGCUCCUGCUGUGUCUGUUCUCCAGCUGUUUUGCAGCUCUCCCAAAGCAGCCCUGCGUUAUGCAGCUGUACGGACCCUUAAUAAGGUGGCAAUGAAGCACCCGUCAGCGGUGACCGCAUGCAACCUGGACCUGGAGAACCUGAUCACUGACUCCAACCGCAGCAUCGCCACCCUGGCCAUCACCACCCUGCUGAAGACCGGCAGCGAGAGCAGCGUGGACCGCCUCAUGAAGCAGAUCUCUUCCUUCGUCUCUGAGAUCUCAGACGAGUUCAAGGUGGUUGUGGUCCAGGCCAUCAGUGCCCUGUGCCAGAAGUAUCCCAGAAAGCACAGCGUGAUGAUGAACUUCCUUUCAAACAUGUUGAGAGAUGAUGGUGGCUUUGAGUACAAGAGAGCCAUUGUGGAUUGUAUCAUCAGUAUCAUAGAGGAAAACCCAGAGAGUAAGGAAACAGGCUUGGCCCACCUGUGUGAGUUUAUCGAGGAUUGCGAGCACACCGUACUUGCCACUAAAAUCCUCCACCUGCUGGGGAAAGAGGGCCCACGUACCCCCACCCCCUCCAAAUACAUCCGUUUCAUCUUCAACCGUGUGGUGCUGGAGAGCGAGGCGGUGCGGGCAGCUGCUGUAAGUGCGCUGGCCAAGUUUGGAGCUCAAAACGAUGACCUGCUGCCAAGUGUUUUGGUUCUGAUGAAGAGGUGUAUGAUGGACAGUGAUGAUGAGGUGAGAGACCGAGCCACAUUCUACAUGAAUGUCCUUCAGCAAAAGCAGAAGGCCUUAAAUGCCGCUUACAUCUUUAAUGGUCUGUCCGUAUCUGUUCCCGGACUGGAGAAAUCCCUUCACCAGUACACACUGGAGCCCUCUGAGAAACCAUUUGACAUGAAGACCGUUCCCUUGGCCACCGCACCCAUCACCGAACAGAAAACAGAAAUCGCACCUGUGGCAACAAGCAAACUACCUGAAAAGCUUGCACCUUCCCGUCAAGACAUUUACCAAGAGCAACUUGCAGUCAUCCCAGAAUUCCAGGGCCUGGGUCUCCUGUUCAAGUCGUCCGAGCCAGUUCAGUUAACAGAAGCAGAGACGGAGUAUGUGGUGCGCUGUAUCAAACACACUUUCGCAAAUCACAUGAUCUUCCAGUUCGACUGCACCAACACGCUGAACGACCAGCUGCUGCAGCGGGUUUUGGUCCAGAUGGAGCCAUCGGAGGCAUACGAGGUGCUACAUUACGUACCUGCACCAAGUCUCCCCUACAACCAACCCGGCUCCUGCUACAGUCUGGUCCGGUUACCAGAGGAUGACCCCACAGCAGUGUCUUGCACGUUCAGCUGUACAAUGAAAUAUCUGGUCCGGGACUGUGAUCCCAACACGGGAGAGCCUGAUGAUGAUGGUUAUGAUGAUGAAUAUGUGCUGGAAGAUUUAGAGGUGACAGUCGCUGACCACAUACAGAAGGUGUUAAAACCAAACUUUGGUGCAGCGUGGGAGGAGAUCGGAGACGAGAAUGAGAAGGAAGAGACGUUUGCUUUGGCCACAGUCAGAACUUUAGAUGAGGCAGUAAAUAACAUUAUCAGCUUCUUGGGCAUGCAGCCUUGCGAACGCUCAGACAAAGUUCCUGAAAACAAGAACUCGCAUGUUCUGUUCCUAGCAGGUGUGUUUAGGGGAGGUCAUGAUGUAUUGGUGAGGUCACGUCUGGCUCUGGCUGAUGGGGUCACUAUGCAGGUGACUGUUAGGAGCACAGAUGAGAAUGUGGUCGACGUCAUCCUGGCUUCUGUCGGCUAAACGAGUAAUGUUUGAGUGACCUGGUCACAUGCCAAUCAAUCUGGGUCGUUGUGCUUUUAUAUGUAUAGCUAUACAGUAGCUCUAUGUUUCUCACAACCAUCUUGUGGUUUAAGCUUGCCAUGAAUCCUCUGCGUCUGAAACAUCCUCUUUUUUUUAUUUGGUCUGUUCUGUUCGGAGAGAUUUCUAAAAUAUUGUGGCACUUUAAUUCAUGUGGAACAGAUCUAAACAUUGUUUCUCUGGUAUUUGAGCUGUUUUGGCCUUGUGUCACAGCUCAGGGGAAACAGUCCUUUACUACAAACCUUUUCAUUUAUCAAUAAAACAGUCUGCAAG